AUGAUUCCAGAGGUAAUUGAUGAUAAACAUGUUGAUACUUUUCUCUUGUUGGCUGAUACUAUUGUCCACGAUACUAGCAUAGGGAACAUCGAAGAUCUUGUGGACCCCGACUUUCCAAAAGAUAAGUUAGAAGAAUACGUUUCAACUUUCACAAAGCCUUCAGAAAUACCUGGGUUCAAAGAAUCUAUUAAAGAUUGCUUGAAUGGAGGUCCAGUUAAAGCCAGUAAGCUAUUUGUGGUAUUGAUGUCAGUACUAGAUUCAAGAAUUUUAGCGCCCUCAUUAACAGGAUCUUUGACGUUGAUUCGAGAUAUGCCGAUUGAACGGAGAGAAGCUUUGUUAAAGUCUUGGAGAGAUUCUCCAAUUUUAGCAAAGAGAAGGCUAUUCAAAUCUCUAUAUUCUCUUACUGUGGCUAUUUUUGUCAGGUCUGCUAGCGAUUUGCAUAAUAAAGCUAUCGGCUUUCCAGCUCGAGAAAUGAGACAGGAGCUUUAUGAAGGUCAAAAGAUUGAUGAUUUCAGGUACACGUUCAUGAAAAAACCGAAGGCUGAGGGGCACACGCUACAUUUACCAAACAUAGAUGUUUUAAUUGUGGGAUCAGGCUCAGGGGCAGGGGUAGUCGCACAUACAUUGGCUGAGUCUGGUUACACCACUUUGGUGUUAGAAAAAGGUAAAUAUUUCGCUAACUCAGAGUUUGCUUUUGAUGAUAAUGAGGGAAGCAAGGCUCUCUAUGAGAAAAACGGGACUCUUCCCUCUGAUGAUCAAGAGCUUUUCGUAUUAGCAGGGUCUACUAUGGGAGGAGGAUCAACAGUUAAUUGGUCUGCCUGCUUGAAAACUCCAUUUAAAGUAAGGAAGGAGUGGUACGAUGAGUUUGGCGUGGAGUGGGCUGCUGGUGAGCAAUAUGAGGAGUGUAUGGAAUAUGUGUGGAAGCAAAUGGGUGCUUCUUCUGAGCACAUAAAUCACUCUUUCACCAACCAAGUUAUUUUAGAUGGUGCUCAUAAGCUUGGUUAUCAUGUUAAGACUGUUGCACAGAAUACUGGCAACCACCCCAAUCACGACUGUGGCCUUUGUCAUUUAGGAUGCAAGUUUGGUAUUAAGCAGGGCUCUCUUGCUUGUUGGUUCAGGGAUGCUGCAUCUAAGGGUACGGAAUUUAUGGACCAAGUCAAAGUUGUCAAGAUAAUUCAAAAGCAAGGUAAAGCUACUGGAGUCCUUUGCCGUGAUAUUACUACGGGUGUAAAAUUUACGAUUACUGGACCCAAAAAGAUUGUUGUUUGUGGGGGUUCUUUAAACACACCAAUUGUUUUACAAAAUUCUGGAUUCAAGAAUAAGCAUAUUGGUUCUAACUUGAAGCUCCACCCAGCUUGUGUCGUAUUUGGAGAUUUUGGCAAAGAACAAAGACAAAAACCGUUUAAUAGUCCUAUAUUGACAACCGUUUCUUGUCAAGUGGCAGAUCUAGAUGGAAAAGAACAUGGUGCAAGGAUUGAAUCUAUCUUGCAUACACCUUUCCUUGAAUCAGCGUUUCUUCCCUGGAAUGGAAGUGAUAAAUUGAGGAGGGAUCUUUUGAAAUAUAAUAGUCUUUCAGCCAUUUUGAUUAUAGAUAGGGAUACUUCUAGUGGAAAAGUUUCUGCCGAUGCCAAAAGGCCGGAUAGUUUAAUUAUUGAUUACAACGUCAACAAGUUCGACAGACGUGCUAUUUUAAAAGCGAUUGUAAUUGGGUCCGACAUUCUUUAUAUCGAAGGUGCUAAGGAAAUUAUUCACCCUCAGAGUGGCGUACCUUCAUUCAAAUCCAAUAAGCCAAAGCAUGAACGUUCUAUCAAUGAUAAAGACUAUCAACAGUGGAGAAAAAUCAUCGAAAAUGUGUAUCCAUGGGGACAAUCGUGUCCUUAUGGAUCGGCACAUCAAAUGAGCUCCUGUCGUAUGUCAGGAAAGGGGCCUUCUCACGGUGCCAUAGAUACCAGAGGCAGGUUGUAUGACUGUAAAAAUGUUUACGUUGCAGAUGCAAGUGCGAUGCCAACGGCCAGUGGGGUGAAUCCUAUGAUUACAACGAUGGCGCUUGCAAGGUUAAUUGCAUUGGGAAUUGUGAGAGACUUGCAGCCAUCGGCAAAAAUUUAG